UCAAGAACUUAUUUAGAUGUAAUGUGUGUAAUGUACUUGAUACGUUGUUUAUUGAUUUUUUUUCUUUUUUUUUGUAUUUUGUAUAUUUCCUGUUCAUUAAAUGGAAUCAUCUGUUCGAGCAGUGUACUAACCGCAAAUAAACGACUAAGUGCUACAUAAGCCUGUCCAGCAGCAAACAGUCGCGAGCCUAAAUAAGUGACUGCAUGAUCGACUGUACAACCUUGCAUCUUGUGGACGGUCGAAGCGCAACUUAGGAUUAAUGGCAACAUUCGCAAUGAACAGGGUGA